AGGGCUUGAAGCGCCAGGCGCCCCACGCAUCAUGGGUUUGUCCCUGCAACCCCGGGGUUUAAUUCUGUACCUCUGCAGCCUUCUCCUGUUCUCUCCAGCAUGCCUGGCAUAUGUGGCUACCAGAGACAACUGCUGCAUCUUAGACGAAAGAUUUGGUAGUUAUUGUCCAACUACCUGUGGCAUCGCGGAUUUCCUGUCUACUUACCAAAGCAAUGUAGACAAGGACCUGCAGAGUUUGGAAGACAUCUUACAUCAAGUUGAAAACAGAACAACAGAAGCCAAAGAACUCAUCAAAGCCAUCCAGAUCAGCUAUAAUCCAGAUCAGCCAAAAAAGCCAAAUAUGAUAGAGACUGCCACCCAGAAUUCCAAGAAGAUGGUAGAAGAGAUUAUGAAAUACGAAGCAUUGAUUCUAACACAUGACUCUAGUAUCCGAUUUUUGCAGGAAAUAUAUAAUUCAAAUAAUCAGAAGAUCCUUAACCUGAAACAGAAGGUAGCCCAGCUUGAAGCCACGUGCCAGGAGCCUUGCAAAGACACAGUACAAAUCUAUGAUACAACUGGGAAAGAUUGUCAAGACAUUGCCAAUAAGGGAGCCAAAGAGAGUGGCCUUUAUUUCAUCAAGCCUCUGAAAGCGAAGCAGCAAUUCUUGGUCUACUGUGAAAUUGAUGGCUCUGGAAAUGGAUGGACUGUGCUACAGAAGAGACUGGAUGGCAGUGUGGAUUUCAAGAAAAACUGGAUUCAGUAUAAAGAAGGAUUUGGCCAUCUCUCUCCUACUGGCACCACUGAGUUUUGGCUGGGAAAUGAGAAGAUUCACUUGAUAAGCACACAGUCUCAAAUCCCGUAUGCACUCAGAGUGCAAUUGGAAGACUGGAGUGGCAAAACCAGCACUGCAGAUUAUGCCAUGUUCAAGGUGGGACCUGAAGCUGACAAAUACCGCCUGACCUAUGCCUACUUCAUUGGUGGAGAUGCUGGGGAUGCCUUCGAUGGCUUUGAUUUUGGUGAUGAUCCUAGUGACAAGUUUUUCACAUCCCACAAUGGCAUGCAGUUUAGUACCUGGGACAAUGACAAUGAUAAAUUCGAAGGCAACUGUGCYGAACAGGAUGGAUCUGGUUGGUGGAUGAACAAGUGUCAUGCUGGCCACCUCAAUGGAAUUUAUUACCAAGGKGGCACUUACUCAAAAGCAUCUACCCCUAAUGGUUAUGAUAAUGGAAUUAUUUGGGCCACUUGGAARAGCCGCUGGUAUUCCAUGAAGAAAACCACCAUGAAGAUAAUCCCAUUCAAUAGACUCUCCAUUACAGAUGGACAGCAACACCACCUGGGGGGUGCCAAACAGGCCGGAGACGUUUAAAAGACCAUUCAAAAGUGAUUUGAUUUUUUAAAGGACUUUAUCUGAACAGAAAAAUAUACUAUUUUUCCUAUGGGACAAUGGACUUUCAAAGCCUCACUUCAUAUUAAGAGUAAAAGGAACUCAUGUUGAAAACUCCAUUAACAGUUUUGUGCUGGUGGUAAUUUAUCUACAUGCAUUUCAAUAAACAUUUUGUUUCCUAAGACUAGA